AUGUUUGCGACACUCGUUCCCUUUUGUUUCUCGACAAUCUUCGUUUCACUCAUCUUUACAAAACUGGUCCACCUUUCCAUCCAUGUCAAGACCGUCUCGCCCGGAGCCUUCGUCCUCUUCUUGCCAUCGCUACUACUUCCCGAUCUCUUCAUUAUCUACAUAUCGCGCCUGGCGCUGCGACAACAAAAGGGUGUCUUUUCGGUCGGCGCAUGCGUUUUGGGAUGCAUUUUCUCGUUUGUUCUCCUCGGCGCAUCGGCCUCGCAGCUCGGUUUCUUCUACUCGACGGGUAACGAAGUCAAGUGGUCAGAGGCAAGGAGCUAUGCUGGCGAUGCCAAGGGUAUGAAGAUCUUGCUUAGCGGCAUCAACUCUGUGCUUGCGUCGGGUGCGAUCAUCAUUGUUGUUGCUUGGUUUGCAAAGUGGUAUAUUUACAGGGCUGUUGGAUCCCUCAUUACAACGGUUGGAACACCAGUUGUGCAUGUGUGGCAGUCGAUCCGAAACAGAACCCGUCGAUCCCCUUCAUAUGCUCCAGGCACAAGCUCAUACGACUCUGGCAGCGAAUUCGACGAUGUUGAGAAUGCUAAAGAAGGCGCCCAUCUUAUCCAAGAAGAGCUUCGCGAAGAGACUCGAACCAGGCCUCGCACAUUGGUCAUUCUCGCUAUCGUGGCUGUCUUCCUCGUCCUAACCACGACUUUCCGACCUGCUGCGCCUUACACCAUGAUGUCCAUGACACUUCCAUUGGCUAUGCUCGACAUGUUCAAGUCACCUUCCAACCUCUGCAAUGCUGUUAGCGGUAACUGGCCUUUGACAGCUCUUAUUACUGAGGAUAAGUGGGAAGCCCCUAAUGCGCACUUCCCCGGCUGGACACCCGGCAGCGACAGUGAAUCUGCCCGCAAAUACCGAGAAACGACACCCGCGUGGCUUCCUACUGACAUCCCCUCUGGUUUCCACAAAUGGAUUCCCAAGGAACCCAAAGCCAACACCACCGAAAAAGCCCCAGCAACAACCAGCAACGGCUGUGUCUUGCCUUCAUCUGAUGACGCCUUCUACAACCCUGUCCUGGACCCAAUGAAGAUCUCCAACCUUGACAGCGACAUUCUCGACGUCCUACGAGACACCCUUAGUGGCGGCGAUGUCAAGAUCAAGCACGUGGCACUAAUUAUGAUGGAGAGCUACCGAGAGGAGCUCUUCCCUCUGCAGCAGGGCUCUGAGUAUCACAAGCUCAUCCUCAAGUCGCACAAGGGCGAGGAUGAGGACGCCGUCAACGCUAAGCUGUCACACCUCAGUCCCGUCGCCGAGAGGCUGACAGGAAAAUCGGGUAACUGGAAGAAGAAAGAUGGUUCAGAUUUCGAACACGUGGACAUCCCGCAGUGGAACGAUACCACAAAAGAGGGAUAUGGAGGUAUUAACGUUGUUGGUGGUUUCACAACGUCCUCACUUUCGUUUAAGAGUAUGGCUGCUAUUCACUGUGGUUCUUGGGCGAUGCCUGUUGAUGGGUUUGAGGAGUCUGAGACGGACAGCUACCAGCCUUGUAUCCCUCAAGUGCUGAACCUCUUUAACAAGAUGAAGAAGGAUAACUCGUCCAAGGACUUUUUGGAACAACAAUGGUACCCUGCCUUCUUCCAGUCCAUCACCGACGGUUAUGACCGUCAGGACAAGUUCGACAAGAAGAUCGGAUUCGAGCAUACCGUCACAAGGGAGCGUCUCGAGGAAGAAAAGAAUGACGAGGAUAACCUUGAGGAGAUCAACUACUUCGGUUUCGCCGAAACGACACUCAAGCGUCAUGUCAAAGACUAUCUCAAGAAGGUUAACGAUGAGGGCAAACGCAUGUUCUUCUCACACUUUACCAGCACAACUCACCACCCAUGGGGCGUUCCCAAAUCAUUCAAGACUACAGACUAUCUUAACACCGACGGCAAGAUGAAGUGGCACGAGGAGUUCAACAGCUACCUCAACGCCGUUCGCUUUACAGAUGCUUGGCUAGGCGAGUUGCUUCAGACUUUUGACGAGUAUGGCAUGACCAACGAGACAUUGGUUAUUUUCGUCGGCGACCACGGACAGGCUUUUAAGGAAGAUCAAAAGUCUAAGAUCGGAACGUACGAGAACGGGCAUGUUAGCAACUUCCGCGUACCUAUUACCUUCCGUCAUCCCCAUAUUCCCCGCGUGCAGUACAACGCUAACGCGACAUCCCUCUCUAUUCUCCCCACCAUCCUUGACCUGCUCGUCAACACAGGAUCACUGAACGAGAAGGACCAAAACGCUGCGUCAGACCUCAUCCACGACUACGAAGGACAGUCUCUUAUCCGACCAUACAAAACUAUUCACAACGGUCGCCGCGCGUGGAACUUCGGUAUUAUCAAUGGCGGCGCGAGCAUGUUGUCCAUGACCUCUGCCGAUGCACCAUGGCGUAUCGUCAUCCCCCUCGAUGACUCUACGCAAUAUCGAUUCACCGAUCUCAAGACAGACCCCCUUGAACGUAGGGCAGUCGAGAGGUGGACACUAGAGCAGCUAGAAGUUGCUGUCGAGAACAAGUAUGGAGAGGAGGCGUCGAUAUGGGCCGCUGAGGCGGAUGCCGUGUCCAAGUGGUGGGGACCCGAAAGGAAGAGAUUAUGGGGUUAUAAUCCUUCGGCGCACAAAGACAAGGAAUAG